AUGAAGCUCGUUUCCACAGCUAUCGUCGCCUGCCUGCUUCCGCUUGCUCUUGCCAAGUCGUUCCUUGUCACUUAUCCAAAGGAUACCCCAAACGCUGUGAUUGAUAGCGCGAAAGCCUCUGUUAGGAAGGCUGGUGGAGUCAUCACUCAUGAGUACUCCCUGGUUAUUAAGGGAUUCGCCGCAACCGGACCGGAAGAAGCUGUCCAACAGAUCUCGACACAGUCGACUGUUUUCAAGCCCACCAUUGAAGAGGACCAGACUGUUUCGAUUUCAUAA